AAGGCGCUCGGGUUUCCGCUCGCGGCGCUAGGAUCUCGGGCCACGUGCUGCUGCAGCGUGGGCUCUCGCAGCUCAGCAUCUCUGGGAGGCUCAUUCGGAAGGGUAUUUGAAGAGCGAUGCCGGUCGCCAGGAUGCUGCGGCAGGUUGUGGGCCAGAUGCCGGGGAGACCAGCCUGUGGCUGCUGGACCUCUGCCCCGCUGGCCCGGUUUCUGGGCACCUCCCCUCGGCAAAUUCCAGCAGAUGCCAACUUCUACUCUUCCUCUUUCUCUGGAACAGACCAGCCACGCGUCUUAAUUACAGGGGGUCUUGGCCAGCUUGGAGUGGGGCUUGCUAACUUUUUGAGGAAACGCUUUGGGAAGGACAAUGUGAUUUUGUCCGACAUAAGGAAACCACCUGAUCACAUCUUCCACGGUGGCCCAUUUAUUUAUUCUGACAUUCUGGAUUACAAGAAUCUUCGGGAGAUCGUGGUAAACAACCGCAUUACCUGGUUGUUUCAUUAUAGCGCUUUGCUCAGUGCCAUUGGAGAAGCAAAUGUGUCCUUGGCCAGAGCCGUAAAUAUCACUGGAUUGCAUAACGUCCUGGAUGUUGCAGCAGAGCACAAUUUGCGAUUGUUUGUGCCUAGCACAAUCGGAGCUUUUGGACCUACUUCUCCCCGGAAUCCAACUCCCGAUAUCUGUAUUCAGAGGCCCAGGACUAUCUACGGGGUGUCCAAGGUCCAUGCGGAGCUCAUGGGAGAAUAUUAUCAUUACCGGUAUGGGUUAGAUUUCCGAUGCCUGAGAUACCCUGGAAUCAUCUCCGCGGACUCCCAGCCUGGUGGAGGAACAACUGACUAUGCAGUCCAGAUCUUCCACGAUGCUGUAAAGAAUGGCAAAUUUGAGUGCAACCUGAAAUCCAGCACGCGGCUCCCAAUGAUGUAUAUUGAUGACUGCCUCAGGGCCACCCUGGAAGUCAUGGAGGCCCCGGCAGAGUCCCUGUCCAUGAGGACCUACAAUGUCAAUGCCAUGAGUUUCACCCCUGAGGACCUGGCCCAGGAGCUUCUCAAGCACAUACCAGAAUUCCAGAUCACAUACAAUGUGGAUUCUGUUCGACAGGCCAUAGCGGAUAGUUGGCCGAUGAAUUUUGAUGACAGCAAUGCUCGGAAAGACUGGGGGUGGAAACACGACUUUGAUCUUCCAGAGCUGGUGACGACAAUGUUGAACUUCCAUGGCUCUGAUACCAGAGUUGCCCAAGCUAACUGAGAGAAUCAUAAGGGAGGACUCCUGUAUCCUGGACAGCUGUCAAGGGAAAACCAUAAUGACCCCAAGGUUAUAUACCCCAAGGAACCUCGAUUAUCAGGAGUGCAAGGACUAAUUGGAGGAAAUUUUGGCAGCUCAUAUUGAAUUGCCAGAUUGGAGAAUCAAGUUGGCUUUUGCAUUUUCAAAGUGCUAUAGGUUUGGUGGUAGGAGUUCUCAAUCUUUGCUGUUUGCCUAAACUUGCCCAAACACGCAUAUCACAGAAUGAAGUCUUAAGUCAUAAUAGUUUCCAUUUAGGUUAAUUAAGAUGAAGUGACCAUUUUGGGGAAGGUGGAAGUAUGUGAUGUUUGUCUUUAAUUAAAUUUAAUUUUCGUAUCAC